GCUUUUAGUAAAACAUGGAGGAGACUUAUUUGCUGAGAAUGAGAAUAAAGAUACUCCUUGUGAUUGUGCUGAAAAACAACACCACAAAGAUUUGGCCCUCAAUCUGGAAUCACAAAUGGUAUUCUCACGAGAUCCUGAAGCUGAAGAAAUAGAAGCUGAAUAUGCUGCAUUAGACAAACGAGAGUCAUAUGAAGGUUUAAGGCCUCAGGAUCUUCGUAGAUUGAAAGAUAUGCUAAUUGUGGAAACUGCAGACAUGCUUCAGGCUCCCCUGUUUACUGCUGAGGCUUUACUUCGAGCUCAUGACUGGGACAGGGAGAAAUUACUUGAAGCUUGGAUGUCCAACCCAGAGAAUUGCUGCCAACGAUCAGGUGUUCAAAUGCCAACUCCACCACCAACUGGGUAUAAUGCCUGGGACACACUUCCUUCUCCAAGGACUCCAAGGACCACACGCUCUUCUGUCACCUCUCCAGAUGAAAUGAGUUUAUCUCCUGGGGAUUUGGACACUAGUUUGUGUGACAUCUGUAUGUGCAGUAUUUCUGUAUUUGAAGACCCAGUGGAUAUGCCCUGUGGACAUGACUUUUGUAGAGGAUGUUGGGAGUCGUUUUUGAAUCUGAAAAUUCAAGAAGGUGAAGCUCACAACAUUUUCUGCCCUGCAUAUGAUUGCUUCCAACUUGUGCCUGUGGAUAUCAUAGAAAGUGUAGUUUCUAAGGAGAUGGAUAAACGAUACCUACAGUUUGAUAUUAAAGCCUUUGUGGAAAAUAAUCCUGCCAUUAAAUGGUGUCCUACACCAGGCUGUGAAAGAGCAGUGAGACUAACAAAGCAAGGGUCAAACACAUCUGGUUCUGAUACUCUGAGCUUCCCCUUGCUCAGAGCUCCUGCUGUGGACUGUGGAAAAGGACACCUCUUUUGCUGGUCAGUACAAGACAAAAUGGAAAAAUGUAAUCACCUUCCUCGCAGACUUCAUUUUUUUAUUAGCUAUUCAAUAUUGAUUUAAAAAAAAUCACAUGUC